UCCAUCUCACAACCCUGAGAUCAUGACCUGAGCCGAAAUCAAGAGUCAGACGCUCAACCGACUGAGCCACCCAGGCGUCCCUUGCCAUAGGUUCUUGGGGCUUCUCACCUCGCUCCGGGGACCCCAGGUCUCAUGCCAACAGGGGGCCAGUAAAGGCAGUCUCACUGCCCCUCCCCCCCAGCACCCCCAUCCACAGGCAAGUUGUCAGUCAGUGUUUGCAGGACAGAACCAUGCUUGGGCAGACUGGCAGCUCAGCCACCAGGUAGGCUGAGAAGAAAGAAAUCACUGAUUUGGGGGCACCUAGGUGGCUCAGGUCCUGAUCCCAGGGUACUGGGAUCGAGCCACGCAUGGAACCCCGCAGCAGGCUCCCUGCUCAGCAGGGAGUCUGUUUGUCCCUCUCCCUCUGCCUGCAGCACUCCCUGCUGGACCAGAGUAACCCCCCAUUAAAGCCUGGUUCCCUGAGAUGGGUCCCAGGUUAGUGAGACCGAGUUCUCUGGGUGAGAACCCGCCACCCUGAAUCAUGAAAGGUCCCAGUGAGCUCCUUCAAACAAAUGCUCAGCCCCUGGAAACAGCCUCAAAAUGGUUGCCAUGGAAAUCGCAAUAACCAAUGGGGGAAAGAGGGAUGCCAGCACCUAGGAGCCCAAACGUGCUGGCUACACUAGGGUUGGGAGAGAGAGAGAACCCGUCAGGAUGAAGAGGAGGGGGAGCAGGUUCACACUUGGCUGGAGCGGCAGACCCGUGAUCCUCAACCAGGAGAUGCCAGCAGUUGGGGGCAAUGGGGAGGAGGGGGGGACCUGUUGCUCCCAGAGAGCUUCAUCCUGGCUGGGCUCUCAGCCAGGCCCGCAGCAAACCCGGCCAAAGCAGCCAGCAGACACGAAAGCCCCCUGCGGAUUCGCCAACAGCCCGGGCGAGGGGGCAUCAGCACAGACCGCUGCGUCAGCGGGCUGGAGGCACCAUGGCCGUGAGCCUUUUGCGGGACUGGUGCCGGGGGCUGGAUGUGGACAUGCACCGGGCCCUGCUGGUCACCGGCAUCCCGGAGGGCCUAGAGCGGGCGGCCAUCGAAGCCGUCUUGCAGCCGGCCUUCCUGCCCCUGGGUGCGUUCAGGCUGUGGAACGCCAGGGCCGCGAGGGACCACAAGGCCGAGGCCGCCCUGGUGGAGUUGGUGCAGGACAUAAAUCACGCGUCCGUCCCCAGGGAGAUGCCGGGCAAGGACGGGGUCCGGAGGGUUGUGUGUCGGGACCCGGCGGAGGACCCAGGAGUCCUGAGGCAGAUGAGACGCCUGGUGCUGGAUGAGAGGCCCUGGCAGGCCGCAGGGCCCGGGGCCGCCGGGGACACGCUCCUCUCUCGGGCCUGGGAGCCCCGGGCCCAGGGCUCAGAGCCGGCCGCCAGGAGGGCUGGCCCACCUCCCAGGCGGGGCCGCCGGGCUCGCAGAAACAGAGCCAGAGGCAACAGGUGGGCCCCGAAGGGCCAGAAGACCGAGCGAGGGGGACGGCCGCCCACGUGGGCCCGGCGGGAGUCGGGCGCCUCUUCCGAGGGCAGCCUGGGCAUCGCGCUCGAGGAGCUGGACCCGGACGACCUGAGCGCCGACGAGGCGCAGAGCGCGCUGUCCGCCACGCUGCACCAGGCCGCCCAGGAGCCCAGCAAGAAGGAGUGGGCCCUGCGGAGCGGCGCGGACGCAGGCCAGGGGCCCCGCGAGUUCUUGGCCCUGGGGACGGUGACGGACAGAGCCACGCGGGAGCCGGCGGAGAAAGAGGCGCCGGGGCCCGCGGCCGUCAGCCUCGACGGCAGCGGCGAAGCGCGGAGCCGCCGCGUCCCCGACUUAGUGGCCCUGCUUGCUGUGCGAGACGCGGCCGACGAGGAGCCGGCCCACGGCGACGCUCCCGAAAGCGAGUCGCAGCCGAACGGGGAGCCGGCAGACGAGGCGCUGGACAACCCCGAGUUUGUGGCCAUUGUGGCCUCUACGGACCCGUCGGGCCCCUCGGCCCGCGAGGAGCUGCUGAAGAUCGCUUGGGUGAUCGAGUCCCCGGGCGGGAGCGCCAGGAGAGACGGCACGGAUGCCCUCCGCGAGGUCCUGGGCGUCCUGUCGCAGGACACGGGGGGAGCCCGCGUGAAGGUGGAGGAGGCGGGCCGCCAGCUGGACGCCCUGGUGCUGCGGAAGGCCACGGACGGCGGGAGCCUGCGGGAGUGCCUCUGCGCCCUGGCCGCGCCCGACCCCCCGGCCCCCGGCAAGAGGGCGCGGCGUGGCCCCCCUGGCGGCUGGGGCGACGGCGAGGGAGGCCUCCUGGAGCUCGUGGCGCUGCAGGCCGCGCGGGACAUGGCGGCGGGGGUGACGCCGGAGGCCGGGGAGCGCGCCCGGGAAGGCGGGAGGCGCGGGCGCGCCAGAGGCCAGCUGGGCGAGGUGCUGGCGCUGCUGGCUGCCCGGGAGAGCGCGGCGGCGGCCGGGGGCCCGGAGGCGGCGGCGGAGGCGGCGGCGAGCGAGGAGUCGCAGCCCGAGCCCCGGGCGUCCGGGAAGGCGCGGGCCAAGCGGGCCCGCACGGCCUCCGGGGCCCUGGGCGAGGCGGGCGAGGCGGGCGCGGCCCCCGCCCCGUCGGGCUCCCGCAGACGCCGAGGCGGAGGCGGAGGCGUAGGCCGCGGCGGGCGGGCGGUCACUCCCGAGACGCGGGCCGAGGUCCGGGCCGCGGCGCACGGGAGAAAGAAGGGGCGCGCGGGCGCGGGGGUCCACGCCCAGGCCGGCGAGGCCAGGGCUCCGCGGUCCCCCGGCUCCGAGUCGGCCAGCGGGAGGAAGGCUCGUCGCGGCGGGAGGCAGUCGCCCAAGUGCCGCUAG